CACAGCAAAGGAAACCCUAAACAACAAAAAGACAACCCAAAGGAUGGGAGAAAAUAUAGUUUGUUUUUUAUAAUGUAAACAGUCUUUGCAAUCCUGAGAUAGUGAUACAGUACUAUUCAAAUAUUCAGUUUUAUACUUAUCAUUCCUUUUUACAUAUGGGUAGACCUUAACUGAAGUUUUACUUUUUGCCUGAAGUUUGGUUUGAGCUACUAAGACUUUUCUCCUUCUCAGUCAAAUCUCACCUCCAUCAUCAUCUUUCACCCCAAUUGCCCUAUAGCCAAAUCUCACUUGAAAUUCACCACUGCCCUCCUAACUGUCAUAAGCAAGGAUCUUCUCUCUGUCCUCCUACUAAUUGUAACUCUGUUCAAGGUGACCAUUCUUGAACUUCAUGUAACAUUUAAGGAAACAUAUUUUCUUUGUUAUCCCUCUACCUCUGGGUGUCUCUCUCUCUGUCUUUCUGCCUCUAUUCAUAUUAACAGCUACAUCAGUUCUACAUCAAGAAUUCAGAUCUUUUUGGUUCUGUUAUUAUCCUCUUAAUUUCUCACUCUACGGUUUGUUUUAGAAAUUGUAUCCACUUAAUUGCCCUCAACCAUAAACUACCAUUUUUAAAAGCUCUCAAUCUUUAUAUCCAGCAACAACUUUUCAAUUUUUGGCCAGCUCAGCAUCCGCAUCUAAAACUAAAAUUUUCACCCCCACUCCCAAAUACUCAUAUUAUUCCUCUUCCCUACCUGAGUGUCGAUAUUAAGAUAUAUAAUAUAAUGAGCUUUGGGAGAAAUAUAUUAGGCAAAAGAGUUGUCAAUAAGAAGAGGCAUAAUUAUACACAACACCUGUAGACACAAUACUUAAUUUAAAAGUUGAAUUUGGAGAUCAUUGUAAAAAAGGAAGGGAGAGGAAAGUUCAUGUAGUAUUUUAAACUAAUGAGUCAGGUAGGAAAGAGAGAAAAUAAGAAUGGAAUGCAAACACUUUGAAAGUACUGUUCACAUGUGCUACAUUGGAAGUGGUGAACAAAGUAGAAGAGACCAAUUAUUGGCAGUGUUAAUUAGAUAAACAUAAGAUGUCAUAGGAAACUGAAAGGUUUUAUGAAAUCAUGUAAUCAUUUAAAGCAAUGGAAAAAUAGAAGGGUAUUUGAUUAUUGUUUGGUUUGCUUUACAAAACAAACUGAUCACCACUAUGAGAAUGGUAUAAGUAAGUGUUAAUUCUGUUAUCUCUGACUACAUGAGAGCAGUGAGGUGUGAGUCAUUCUCUAUCUCUUUGUCACUGUGUUUGUGUCUCUGUCUCUCAACAGAAUUGAGAAUGUGUGAGGGAUGAUGGUGCAGAGGGGUUUACUGAAGUCUUCACUGGGGCUUCUAAGAGGGUUUCAAUGAGACCCCUUCCCUCCACACUACCUUCCCCAGAAGUCAUGUGACCUGAGCUGAGAACAGAAAGUUAUCUUGACCUAGUGUGGCAUAAUGGUGAGAUUGUUCCGGCGACUUGAACUCCCAGAGAAUAGUAAGACCAGGAAUUUGAGGGAUUUACCAAAGUAUAGUGCUCUUGCUUGGGGUUCUUAGAGGAGAGAAAACUCCUGAUACCAUACUUACAACUGGCUAGUACAGCAUUGUCCCUCAGGAAUGAGGAAGAAGCUUCUCCUUCAAAAACACUUCAUGUCUAAGUCCACACUCUAAAAAAGCCCUCUGUGACUUGGGCACAGAGCCCCUCAUCUUAAGUCUCUCCCUACUGUAAAAACUGGAGUCCAUAGUGAUCGAGAAAAUAUUUUCUGUUAAAAAAAUUACUUUUCAUACUUUUCACUUAUUUAACCAAAAUAUAAACUUUAUUGUCAUCUAACUCCUCUCCCUCACUGUCACAUACAAUUCAUCUUCAAAUCCUGUCUAACAAGACCUCUAAAGUAGGUCUCACCAUCAUUUCUAUUCCCAGGGCUGUACAGUGUCUUUCUUAUGUCUGGAGAUUUCACGGCAGAUUGAGAGAGUGUCCAGGUUAGGAGUAAAUUAUAAACCACAUGGAUCACAUUUUUAUGUACUUAUUUCCUAAACAAAGCAGGCAGUCUCUUACAGACAUACCUUUGAACACACUACUUCCUUUCUCUGGAAUGUUCUUCCCCUUUUUUCCACCAUAAACGUUUUUCCAAACCUAGGUUAAAUUUGUCACUGGCUUCGUGAAACCUCUUGGAAUUCCUCAGAGUUAAUCAUUUUGGGCUUUGUCCUUUUAUAGCACUUUUUACUUUCUUCUGUUAGAGUACCUAUUCUGUUCAACUGCAAUUUUUUUUUUUUACUAUUUUUGUAUAUUUUGUAUAUAUUUUUAUUUCAUAUAUAUGUUUGUAUACACACACACAUAUAGGACAGACCAAAUAGGCUGUAAACCUAUAGAUGACACAACUUACAGCAUUAAGCUUCAUAUCCUCAGCACACAGCCUUAUGCCUGAUCUAUAGCAGUUGCUAAGUAAAUAUAUAAAAGUCUUUAUUUGAGAUAAAAGGCUAAAAAACAUGCCUACUGUUGCCAUUGGAGAAUAAUUUAUGUUCUUUCUCCAACAGAAUACAGAGAGAAUUUGGUUUGACUUUCAAAAGUAUGCUCUAACAAGAUAAAAGAAUGUUUCUCUUUUGCCCUUUUAGGCUGACCCCUUGAACCCAAAGGCAGUUUACUCAAAUUAAGGGCGUUGAUAUGAUUAGUGUUAGGAAAGAUUUUUAUGUAAUGGGAUUUGGUUUACUGCAAGAAAAUUCGGAUGGAUAUGAGUCUCAUGCAGUAUUUUAACAUUUUAAUUCAUUGCUGACUCUACAGGGCAAAAAGGAUCAUAACCCUUAGUCCAGUUUCACAGUGAUGAAUGAGGUUUUUUCCGACAAGGCAGAGGAUAGAACGUGUCUUGCUUCAGAUGUAGGACUGCAAACUGCAUUUAUAUUUAAACUCCCCCCACGGUUCGUAUUGUGCACUCAGGCUUGGCCUGUAACAUUGAGGAAGAGCGCUACUCGGAAAGGGUCUACACUAUACGGGAAGGAGAAACCUUGGAACUGACCUGCCUGGUCACAGGACAUCCACGUCCACAGAUCAGGUGGACCAAAACAGCAGGAAGUGCCUCUGACAGAUUCCAAGACUCAAGUGUAUUCAACGAGACUUUGAGGAUUACAAAUAUUCAACGACACCAAGGAGGCCGAUAUUACUGUAAAGCAGAGAAUGGCUUGGGGUCCCCAGCGAUAAAGUCAAUCAGAGUGGAUGUGUACUACUUGGAUGAUCCAGUAGUAACUGUUCAUCAAAGUAUAGGUGAAGCUAAAGAACAAUUUUACUAUGAGAGAACAGUGUUCCUCCGGUGUGUUGCGAAUUCCAAUCCACCAGUCCGGUACAGCUGGAGACGUGGCCAGGAGGUAUUACUCCAAGGAUCUGAUAAAGGAGUGGAGAUUUAUGAACCCUUCUUUACCCAGGGUGAAACAAAGAUCUUAAAACUAAAGAACCUUCGACCUCAGGACUAUGCUAAUUAUAGCUGCAUUGCUUCGGUGAGGAAUGUAUGUAAUAUUCCUGAUAAGAUGGUGUCAUUUAGACUUUCCAAUAAAACAGCAUCUCCGUCAAUUAAACUCUUGGUGGAUGACCCUAUAGUUGUAAACCCUGGAGAGGCCAUAACAUUAGUAUGUGUUACGACAGGAGGAGAGCCUGUACCCUCCCUCACCUGGGUCAGGUCCUUUGGGACUCUGCCUGAAAAGACUGUUUUGAAUGGAGGAACUUUGACCAUACCUGCCAUCACCUCUGAAGAUGCUGGUACUUACAGCUGCAUUGCCAAUAAUAAUGUGGGAAACCCUGCAAAAAAGUCCACCAACAUCAUCGUGAGAGCAUUAAAAAAAGGACGAUUUUGGAUCACACCAGAUCCUUAUCACAAAGAUGACAACAUCCAGAUUGGGCGUGAGGUGAAAAUAUCUUGCCAAGUAGAAGCUGUUCCUUCUGAGGAGUUAACAUUUAGUUGGUUUAAAAAUGGUCGUCCAUUAAGAAGUUCUGAGCGGAUGGUUAUUACCCAGACUGAUCCAGAUGUCUCCCCGGGAACGACAAACUUGGACAUCAUUGAUUUAAAAUUCACGGAUUUUGGGACAUACACAUGUGUAGCAUCUCUGAAGGGAGGAGGAAUAUCUGAUAUCAGUAUUGAUGUUAAUAUAUCCAGCAGCACAGUUCCACCCAAUCUGACUGUUCCACAGGAAAAAUCACCUUUGGUCACCAGAGAAGGAGACACAAUAGAAUUGCAGUGUCAAGUAACUGGAAAACCUAAACCCAUCAUCCUUUGGUCAAGAGCGGAUAAAGAAGUUGCAAUGCCUGAUGGGUCAAUGCAAAUGGAGAGUUAUGAUGGAACACUGAGGAUUGUGAAUGUAUCUAGGGAAAUGUCAGGAAUGUACAAAUGUCAGACCAGCCAGUACAAUGGAUUUAAUGUGAAACCAAGAGAAGCCUUGGUGCAGCUCAUUGUGCAGUAUCCUCCUGCUGUGGAACCAGCAUUUCUGGAAAUUCGGCAAGGACAAGACCGAAGUGUCACUAUGAGCUGCAGGGUCCUGAGAGCAUAUCCAAUCAGGGUGCUGACCUAUGAGUGGCGCUUGGGCAACAAAUUAUUACGGACGGGUCAGUUCGACUCUCAAGAAUACACAGAGUACCCAGUGAAGAGUCUUUCCAAUGAAAACUAUGGCGUUUAUAAUUGUAGCAUUAUAAAUGAAGCUGGAGCAGGGAGAUGCAGCUUUCUUGUUACAGGAAAAGCCUAUGCUCCGGAAUUCUAUUAUGAUACCUACAAUCCCGUGUGGCAGAACAGACACCGUGUUUAUUCCUACAGUCUACAGUGGACUCAAAUGAAUCCUGAUGCAGUAGAUCGGAUUGUUGCAUACCGGUUAGGUAUUAGGCAGGCUGGACAACAGCGAUGGUGGGAACAGGAGAUUAAAAUAAAUGGGAAUAUUCAAAAGGGAGAAUUAAUUACAUAUAACUUGACUGAGCUAAUUAAACCAGAGGCUUAUGAAGUCCGACUGACUCCUCUCACCAAAUUUGGCGAAGGAGAUUCAACAAUUCGUGUCAUCAAAUAUAGUGCUCCUGUUAAUCCUCAUUUGAGAGAAUUUCACUGUGGAUUUGAGGAUGGUAACAUUUGCUUGUUCACCCAAGAUGAUACAGAUAAUUUUGACUGGACAAAGCAAAGUACUGCAACAAGAAAUACAAAAUAUACUCCAAAUACUGGACCUAACGCUGACCGUAGCGGCUCCAAAGAAGGCUUUUAUAUGUACAUUGAAACAUCUCGACCCAGAUUAGAAGGAGAAAAGGCACGACUUCUUAGCCCUGUUUUCAGCAUAGCACCCAAAAACCCUUAUGGACCCACGAACACUGCGUAUUGUUUCAGCUUCUUUUAUCACAUGUAUGGACAACAUAUAGGUGUUUUAAAUGUUUAUCUACGUUUGAAAGGACAGACAACAAUAGAGAAUCCAUUGUGGUCUUCAAGUGGGAAUAAAGGGCAACGAUGGAAUGAGGCACAUGUUAAUAUAUAUCCAAUUACAUCAUUUCAGCUCAUUUUUGAAGGUAUUCGAGGUCCUGGUAUAGAAGGUGACAUUGCCAUUGAUGACAUAUCAAUUGCUGAAGGAGAAUGUGCAAAACAAGACCUAACGACUAAGAAUUCCGUUGAUGGUGCUGUUGGAAUUUUAGUACAUAUAUGGCUUUUUCCGGUUAUCGUCCUCAUCUCUAUCUUAAGUCCUCGAAGGUGACCUUACCCUGGCAGAGGCUAUAAAAGAUUCACCAGGCACUAGCAUGAAGAAAGAGUCUUUGUAAAUGGACACUGAAAAAAACAAACUACCAAAGAUUCCUCCACUGACUACUGACUCAAAAAUAAAAUAAUAAAAACAAAUUUUUUUUUAAGCACUGGGGAUAAAAAGACAUCAUGGAAGUAUAACUUAUUCCGCACUACAUAUAGAAGAAAAUCGACCUGAGUAGAGAAGAGACCUUCAGGUGCUUUUGUGGCUAAAAAAGAUUACAGCGUCAUCUGGUUGAACUCAGAAAAAAAAAAAAAAAAAAAAAGC